AACGGAGUUAUAGCUUUAUUGAGACCGUGAGAUCACCUCUUUCUUUGUUCUUCUUUUCUCCCUCGCAAUCAAACCUCCCUCCUGAUCUCUUUCCCGUCAUCAGAUUGAUUCUCUGCUGCUGAGAGUUUAGGUGGGAAAUCGAAGCAUGAGCUACCUGCUGACGACACUGACGAAGAAGGAAGAGGUGGAUUCGAUCAUCAGAUCCACCAUCGACAAAGUCCUCGUCCUCCGCUUCGGCCGCGCUUCCGAUUCCACAUCUCUUCUUCUCGACGACGUUCUCGCCAAGUCAUCCCGAGACGUCUCCAAGUUCGCCACCGUCGCUCUCGUCGAUGUCGAUUCCGACGACGUUCAGGUCUACCUCCAUUACUUCGACAUAACUCUCAUUCCCUCCACCGUCUUCUUCUUCAACGCCCACCACAUGAAGAUGGAUUCCGGAACUGCCGAUCACACCAAGUGGAUCGGCGCCUUUCGGACUAAGCAGGACUUCAUUGAUGUCGUUGAGGCCAUUUUCAGAGGAGCCAUGAAAGGGAAGCUCAUUGUCAACUGCCCCUUGCCGCCGGAGCGAAUUCCGAAGUACCAGUUGUACUUUAAGGAUGUCUAGAACUGCCAAUACCUGUCAGAUUAUGUGGAUUGGGAUGUUGGAAGAAGAGCCUCCUCUUCAUAGAGAGAGGCAUGCUUUACUCUCUUUUGCCCUGAGUCAUUUCAAUUCUUGGCUAAAUGUUCUUUAUUGAGAGUGUGUAUCUGUUGAUCACUGGGGAGCUAGAGCAUCCUUUCCUAGAUCUCAUGUGUCAGCUAUGAGGCUAUCGGGUUUAAUCCAUUCACUACCACAAAUGUAUGCAAGUUGGCAUUUUGUUUCGUUUGAUUAAGGUUUAUACUUUUAAUCUGCCUGAAUAUUUGUGAAUCUAUUCAGUAUUCAGUUGUUUUAUAAAGAUGUGUAGAAGAGGUUGGCA